UCGUAACAAAUCUCACCCAUGUCGAGUCGAGCGCGAGAGACAGAAGCGUGAACUUGUACGUGAUCGUUUGUCCGCGUUCGACGGAUCUUUCAAAUAGCGUGCGUGCAAUCGGCGGACGGUACACGAUUAAAAAGAAUCAUAUUCGUAUAAUCAGUUUGGAAAGGAACGUUUUAGAAAAUCUGGGACGUCGAGACCGUGAAGGACAGCGGUUAAUCCGGGCCUUGUGUACAGGCACACAAUAGCCGAUCGGGCAUACUUGUGACACGACUGCGGAUUUUCCUUAGUCAAGAGAGAACAUACGAAGCUCGUAAAGUGCAUGUGCUUGUGUGCGUGUCACUGGAAAGAGUUCAGAGCCGCUUCGGCGGCGCUCCCAAAACUAACCGCAGAAUCGAGUCUGCGGUGGUGAGUCGUGGUUUUAUCGGAGCACGAUUGAGUACGAUCGCGAUCGCACGCGGCGGGGUCGUUUGUAAUGGAGGAGGUUUCGGAGUGUAUUCCCGUACGACAGAACAGUCUUGGCGAUGCACGCCGUAUCGACUGAGACGCGAUAUUUAUCUUUAACCGUUCCUCCCGGCCGGCCGGGCAAAAGAGGCAGGUCGAAAUUGGUAUGGAAUCGUCCAGGGUCCUCGACACUUAGAGAACACUCGUUCCCGUCUGUGAUAAACCACUAGCCGCAUAGAAGGAGAUAGAAGAAGGGGAUAAAGGAAGAGAAAUAGCUGGUGUGUGUUUCGCGCGUGUUCUCGUCUGCCCUCUUCAUCUUGUAUUAAGUGUAAACAUUUCCUGAAAUCUGCUGCUAGGUUAGGAUAGCAUGGGGAUUGAUCCCCUGAAGGCAUCGACCGACGAACCGUGACACCUGCGACUCGCCGUACGGUGUUCUGUGCGUGCAUUGCUUGUGUGUGCGUGCGUGUCGUGUCGUGCGUGCCUUACGUGUGUAUGCAUCCUCCCAGGAAGCCGUUGGAGUUAUAUUUCCAUCGGCGACCGUCCAAGGGAAGACGACCAAAGAAGAAAAUAUGUCAAGAAUGGGGAUCGAUCCCCGAGAAAACGUACAUCGUCACCGUUAAUCGACCGGACAUACGUCGGGAAUUUUCUUCGUCGUUCAAACGAGACUUUCUGUCACGUUAAAUAGAACUGUCGCGGAUACUCUGCCACGACAGAGGACACUGGCAACAUGCAGAAAAGAGACGGUAGGGAUACACGCGAGAAGGAGCUCGCUCGUAGCUCCGAGCGCGAACAGGAAGCCGCGAAGAGAAUCUCUCGCGGUAGCGGUAAUCCUGCCAGAUCCAACGUGCAUUCCUCCAGGCAUAGUGUCACUUCGUCGUCCAAUGUACUCAUGGUCGGGCCCAACUUCCGUGUCGGCAAGAAAAUUGGCUCUGGCAAUUUUGGAGAACUUCGACUGGGGAAGAACCUCUACAAUAACGAGCAUGUAGCAAUUAAAAUGGAACCAAUGAGGUCGAAGGCGCCGCAGCUACACUUAGAAUAUAGGUUUUACAAAUUAUUAGGUACACACGAAGGUAUACCGGAGGUAUACUACUUCGGUCCAUGCGGGAAGUAUAACGCUUUAGUGAUGGAACUUCUCGGACCGAGCCUGGAGGACCUGUUCGACCUGUGCGGUAGGAGGUUUACCCUGAAGACCGUUCUCAACAUCGCCACACAACUUCUUCAUAGGAUAGAGUACGUUCAUAGUCGACACUUGAUCUACCGUGAUAUCAAGCCGGAAAACUUCCUGAUAGGACGAAGCACAACCAAACGCGAGAAGGUUAUUCACAUCAUUGAUUUUGGACUGGCCAAAGAGUACAUAGACUUGGAGACGAACAAACACAUACCAUACCGGGAACACAAAAGCCUGACGGGUACGGCGCGUUACAUGAGCAUCAACACGCAUCUUGGAAAAGAGCAGAGCAGAAGGGACGACUUGGAGGCGUUAGGACAUAUGUUCAUGUACUUCCUGCGCGGUAGCCUUCCUUGGCAAGGAUUGAAAGCUGACACGUUGAAGGAACGAUAUCAGAAAAUCGGCGACACGAAACGGAAUACACCGAUCGAGGUACUCUGCGACGGUCAUCCCGAAGAAAUGGCUACGUACUUGCGAUACGUUCGUAGAUUGGACUUCUUCGAGACGCCCGACUACGAGUACCUGAGGAACCUCUUCCACGACCUCUACGAGAAACGAGGUUUCGUCAACGACGGCGAGUUCGAUUGGACCGGCAAGACGAUGCCAUCCAACUUCGAACAACUUAGAGCUCUCAGGAUGGCUCCUCCUUCUCAUGUUGGCAAGACUAAAUCCGAUAAGUCUACGCCUGUUGGAUCCUUGCAGACUGGACAAGAAAUUAUCGUAUCGCCGAAUCGUGAUCGGCAUCCGUACAAGGAUGUGACAGGUCCAGGGGUGGGAGGCGGGGGUGGUAAAGGGGUGGGAACCACGUGGCCAGAUACUGUGAAGCAAUCAGGAGCUGGUGGUACAUUGACACCUGCUGAUAGGCACGGUUCUGUACAGGUGGUGUCUUCGACGAACGGAGAAUUAGCCAACGAUGAUCCUACCGCAGGACACUCGAAUACACCAAUAACAGCGCCUCAGGAAGUGGACAUGGUGGACGAAACCAAAAAGAAAUGUUUGCUGACAAAAAAGCGUUGUAGUGGAUGCGGAAAGAUCCUACGUCGAAGUUUCUAUCCUUCUACGUCCAAUGCCGAUCCUAGAACGAUCCCUGAACUUGGUUUAUUAUUCCGACACAACUGGCCAUUACGGAACUUCCUUUUAUGCAACAUAAAGACAAAAUAUAAUGUUCGAUAAUCACCUGACUAUACACGUAUCAUUUUAGAGAACCGUUCUUCUUUUUCCCCUGCCGUUAGAUUGUAUACUUUGAUCAGUGUUAGAUAAUUUAGAAAUUAUAAAUCCUUAAGAGGAGCGUACGAUCUUCGAAAUUUUAUCUAGGCUUAAAAUUUGUAAAUUUUGAUAAAUCGGAGCGCGGACCUCAAAGAGGUUUGCAUUUGAAAAGAUCGUG